UUCAUGUGUUUUGUGGUCAUAAAUAUCGUUGCACUCAAUGAGACCCCUGUGCCCUAUAGGCGCCUAUUGGUGAGCGCUCUCAUGGGAGACCUCAUUGAUGGCACGGAAGUGUUGAGCGCCAAACUUGUGCCCAUAAAAAGAAUGGCCGGAAGAGGUCAGAGAGCGCUGCAGAACCUGCAGAAACUCAAGCAAAAAGAUGACGAGUCAGAGGAACAGAAGAAGGAGUCGGCCUCCGAGCCCAUCCCCAUCAAAGCCGGGGCGCCGAAAGACUCGGCAAAAGUCGACGAAUUCAUAAAGUGCUUGAAAGCCGUCACCCGAAUGAUGGGCUUCACGUUCGCCGAUCCCGACAAACACGUGGCCAGAGAUGAGACGCCCACCGGUUAUGUGAAUGCCAUCAAAGGGUCGAACGCCUCCCAGUGCCAAAUAAUAGUCUGUAUGACUCCCGGCUCGUCGCAGCGCGAAGACCGCUAUAACGCCAUCAAAAGGCUGUGCUAUUGCGAGCUCGGGAUCGCCAGUCAAGUCGUCAGAUCCUACACAUUGACUGAGGCGAAGAUGCGCUCCGUUUGCCAGAAGAUUGCGAUACAGAUGUCAUGCAAAAUCGGUGGCCAGCCGUGGGCUCUGCCCAUACCGUUCAAGUCCUGCAUGAUUGUAGGCAUUGACGUCUACCACGAUCCGACCCAAAGAGGCAAAUCGGUGGUGGGAAUGGUGGCGUCCGUCAACCAGGCCGUCAGCCAAUGGUACUCUCGGGUGUACUUCCAGAACACUCACGAAGAGAUCGUCAACACUCUGGAGUCGGGCAUCAAAGCAAUGCUCGCGAAGUUCUAUGAGGUUAACAAAAGCCUUCCCCAACGCAUCUUCGUCUACAGGGAUGGCGUGAGUGACGGCCAGUUGGGAACCGUUAAGGACUACGAAGUCGUGCAACUGCUGAACGCUCUGCAGGACUUCGGCGCCGCCUACAAUAACUACGUCCCGCAGGUGUCGUAUAUUGUGGUCCAGAAGCGCAUAAACGCUAAACUUUUGAUGAAAAGGGGCGCCGAACUGGACAACCCUCCGCCCGGCUCUGUCGUCGACCACUCCAUCACUCGUAAUAACUAUUACGACUUUUAUCUGAUCUCACAAUACGUGACUCAGGGAACCGUCACUCCCACCCACUAUAUCGUGGUGCACGACACCAAUGCCAUGCCUCCCGACCGGAUGCAGAAGAUUGCCUAUAAGAUGACUCACCUCUACUACAACUGGUUCGGCACUAUCCGAGUGCCCGCUCCCUGUCAGUACGCCCACAAGGCGGCCAAUAUGGUCGGGCAGGUCAUCAAGAAGUCACCGGCGGAAGUGCUCGCAGACAAAUUGUAUUUCCUUUGAACACACACUCGAGUCAUCCAUUUUUUUGUCAUUUGAUUAUCGUUUCAUUUAUAAUUUUCCU